AUGCCUCAAGAACAUAGCAGCAGCAGCAGCAGCAGCAGCAGCAGCAGCACCAGCUGCAGCACCAGCCGCAGCACCAGCUGCAGUACCAGCAGCAGCAGCAGCUGCGGCAGCUGCUGCUGCUACAGCUGCUGCUGCUGGGCUACCCAUGCUGCUGUUCCCCGCCAACCUGACUAUCUUCUCCCGCAGCUAGCCCUUCUAGGUUUCAAGGGCACUGCAGCAGCAGCUGCUGUUGUUGCUGCUGCUGCUGGUGCAGCAGCAGCAGCAGCAGCAGCUGUUGCUGCAGCUGCAGCAGCAGCAGCUGUUGCUGCAGCUGCUGGUGCAGCAGCAGGUGCUGGCCAACGUGACGCUGUUUACCCGCAGCCUUCCAUGGAUCCAGGGCGCAGUUGCUGCAGCAGCAGCAGCAGCAGCUGCUGCUGCUGCUGCUGCUGCAGAUGCAAGCACAGGGGUAAUGGCAGCAGCAACAAAGGAUCGAGCAAAAGCAGCAGCAGCAAAAGCAGGUGCAGCAGCAGCAGCAGCAGCGAUACAGCGGGCAGCAGUGAUUCAAGCAGCAGCGGCAGAAGCAGCAAACGAGUAGCAGCAGCAACUGCAGCAGCAGCGGAAGCAGCAAAUAAACAGCAGCACCAACUGCAGCACAACGCCAGCAGCAGUAGCAGCAGCAGCAAUGAAGUAGCUCCUUGUGGGCGCUCUCAACUGCUGUUGCAACAGCAGCAGGAGCUGCUGCUGCUGCUGCUGCUGCUGCAGCAGCAGCCCCUUGACCAGAGAGCUUCUUUGUCUCUCGUGGCUACUGCAGCUGCUGCUGCAGCCGCUGCUGCUGUUGCUGCUGCCUGCGCCUGA